AUGGUCGCCAAAACAAAGGUCGGCGAGAACCAUGUCAACGAUCUCGCUGAGAUAUUCGGCCAAAUCCGAGCUUAUAACAUGAGACUUAAUCCAGAAAAAUGUGCCUUUGGUGUCCAAGCAAGAAGGCUUCGUCCCUAUUUUCAGAGCCAUACAAUCAACGUUAGGACGUCCCAGCCACUACGCCAGAUACUCGCCAGACCCGACCUAGCAGGGAGGUUGAUCAAAUGGUCCAUUGAACUCUCGGAAUUUGAUAUCCACUACCAACCUAGAUCAUCCGUCAAGUCACAGUAUUUAGCCGAUUUUGUUGCUGAGUUUACAGGAUCAAGCCCAAAUGAAGACAAUGAACACUGGGUAUUGUUCGUCGAUGGAGCAUCAAACACCCAAGGAUCAGGUGCAGGGAUACUCUUGGAAAACCCCGGAGGAGUUAUUGUUGAACAUUCUCUCCGAUUUUCCUUUAGAGCCAGCAACAAUCAGGCCGAAUACGAAGCCCUCAUUGCGGGGCUCAGGUUAGCAAUUGAAUUACAGAUUACACACAUAGAAAGAGAGCAGAAUUACAGAGCAGAUACAUUAUCUAAAUUAGCUACAAGCCAGUCACACAAUGCUUCGCUUUUACAGUCAACUUUGCAGGAGCCGAGCAUAAAUAUGAUCGGCAAUUUUCAAACCGAGGAUAGUUGGCAAAAGCCAUAUAUCCAAUACCUUAAAAAUGCAGAACUUCCACUAGAAGUACAAGACACAAAAAAGUUUAAGAGGCAGGCAUCUUUCUUUACAUUGUUGAAUGACCAAUUAUAUCGACGAGGUUAUUCUCGACCAUUGCUGAAAUGCUUAGACAGGACCGAAGCUGAAAUAGCCUUAGCUGAAGUCCACGAAGGCAUCUGUGGAACACAUUCAGGGGCAAGGAGCCUAGCACACAAGAUCCUCCGUGCCGGUUUUUACUGGCCGACCUUAUUGGAGGACAGUAAGAAAAAAGUCCGAACUUGUGAUCAUUGCCAAAAGCACGCCCCUACAUUACAUAUCCCAGCCGAAGAAUUACACCAGUCAACGGUAAGCUGGCCAUUUAAUAAAUGUGGAAUUGAUAUCCUCGGACCUUUUCCAACUGCACCAAGACAGAAUUUAAAAGUCAAACAACAUUUUUCUUCAGUUGAACACCCCCAAUCCAAUGGUUUAGCAGAAGCUGCCAACAAGGUCCUCCUCCAAGCCCUACGAAAGAAACUCGACGACGCUAAGGGCUUAUGGGCCGAGCUUGUUCCGGAGAUCUUAUGGGGAUACAAUACCUCGGUACAUUCAACAACCAAGGAAACACCAUUUUGUUUGGUCUAUGGUUCGGAUGCAAUGAUUCCAGUUGAAAUAUCACAAAACUCCCUAAGAACGCAACAUGAAGCACAUGAUGACUCCCGCCGAGCUGAACUUGACCUGGUUAAAGAAGUUCGAACCAUAGCAGCAAUUCGGCAAAAGGCAUUGCAGCAACGAAUAGCACAACGUCAUAACAAGACCGUCAGACCGAGAUCAUUUAAUCAGGGUGAUUUGGUGUUAAGAAAGACUGAAACAGCGCGUAAACAACCUUCCCAUGGCAAGCUCGCCGCAACAUGGGACGGACCUUACAGAAUAAACAAAGUGAUCGGCAAGGGUGCAUAUCAUCUAGAAGAAUUAGAUGGAACGAUACUACCUAACACUUGGAAUGUCAGUUCAUUGAAGAAAUACUUCAGCUAA